AAAGAAAAGAAAAGUGAAAAUCUAUUCCUCCGUCGGCAAAUUGGCAUCUCCCUUCUCCUCAAAUCCCUUCUCUCAGCCGGAUUGCUCAUUCUCUCUCUUUCUACGUGCUCUGGAUUCUCUGGCAACCCUAACCCUAGAAAGGCUUUCAUUUUCCUCCUUAGAUCCCAUCCAAGCACAACUAGGGUAAAAUGUCCAAGCCCUGGGGCGGAGUCGGCGCAUGGGCUCUCGAGGCGGAGCGCGCCGAGGCCGAGGAGCGCGAGCGUGCUGAUUCUACGGUCUACGAAUCCUUCCCAGGCGGCCCUACCCUCCUUGCUGGACAGCCAGUCCAGAGCUUCCCUAGCCUCAAAGAAGCCGUCACAAAGCCGAGGAAGAAGAAGGGCGUUUCCAUUCCACUUUCCGAUUUCAACACAGGCAACUACGUCGGCCCCGGAGGCGCUCGUCGAGAGUCUUCCUUCGAGCCCAAGGGACUCACUACCGAUGAGAUGAUACGCCUCCCGACUGGUCCUCGGGAGCGCACAGCCGAGGAACUUGAGCAGUCCCGCCUUGGUGGAGGCUUCCGCUCAUAUGGAUACGGCCUUGGCGGUGGUUCUUCCCGUCGCCGGUCGGAGUUUGGCAUGGAUGACGAGCCAAGGAGGGGCGCGUCAAUUCCUAGGGGCACUGAUUCUGAUCUACCCUCGAGGGCCGAUGAGGCGGAUAACUGGGCCACUGCGAAGAAAUUUACGCCGACUAUGGAUUCCGGUCGGCAAGAGCGCUAUGGAUCCCUUGGGAGCGGAGGAUCAUCUAAGGCUGAUGAGGUUGAUGAUUGGUCGUUGGGAAAGAAAUCGACUGCCCCUCCUCAUUCAAGGAAUACUAGCUUUGGAUCGGGAUUCAGGGACUUUCCGGUUUCUGGUGCGGAUUCUGAUCGUUGGGUUAGAGGAGGUACGGGAUCUUUUUCAAGCAAUGGGGAGCGAGAAAGGCCAAGACUCACCCUUGAUCCUCCAAAAAGAGAUUCAGGAUCCCAACCGGAGUCAGCUCGUAGCCGACCAAAUCCUUUUGGUACGGCAAGGCCAAGGGAGGAGGUUUUGGCUGAGAAGGGUAUGGAUUGGAGGAAAAUGGAAACAGAAAUCGAGGUUAAAAAAAAUGCCAGGCCAACGAGUUCUCAUUCCAGCAGGUCAUCCAGUGCGCAGUCUAGCAGGCCAGUUAGCCCGAUUUCUCAGAUGCCUGGCGAAGGAGGAGGUACGAAAUCUCGACCUAAGGUGAACCCCUUUGGGGAUGCAAAACCUCGCGAGAUACUUUUGGAAGAGAAGGGGAUGGAUUGGAGGAAGAUUGAUCUGGAGCUGGAACAUCGCAGGGUUGAGAGGUCUGUGACAGAUGAUGAAAAGAUUCUGGAAAAAGAGAUUGAUCAUUUAAAGAAAGAGCUUGCUAAGGAAACUGAUAAUAAAGUUGAUUCUGAUUCUGCACAUAUUUCUACUGAACAAACAAGGGCUUUGCAUGAGCUGAUAAGCCAAAAGGAGAAAGAGCGAGAUCAACUGGCUUGCAAGUUGGAUGACAAGGUUCGUUUUGGUCAGAAAGCCUCCAUUGAUGCCAGGCCUGGUUCUGGAUCGGGUAGAACAGCGUUCUCUUCAGAUAGGCUCCCUCCAUCUCAGUCUGGCAUCUCAGAGGAUUCAAAGAACAUUGAGUUUAUGGAGAGGCCACGAUCGCGAGGGAGUGAUUCAUGGAGCAGGCCCAUGGAUGACCGGCGGGGGUUCCAGCGGAGCAGGGAUUCAGGUUUUCUUGGAAGCAGAAACGUCGACAGGUCAAAAUCUCGGGAAAGAUGGUGAAGGAAGUCUCUACAUUGGAUCUAUUAUUUCUUUCUUCUGACAACCAGAAAGAGAAAACAUAAUAAUAUAGUAUUUUAAUAUCUAUCUCUUUUGUGCUCGAACAAAUUGUAGCUGCCAUUGUUAGCAGAAGCUUUUCUUUUUUCUUUUUUUUUUCUCAUCGUAUAAAUUUAAUUGCCACCUUUGAUGCGGUGUAAGAUUUAAAUUUUCCCGUAUCAAGGUUAAGCAUCAGUUGUUUACUUUGACUAAUUUUAUUGUACUAUAUAAUAUAAUAUCACCCUUUAUUCGCGGAAA